CGGUGUGGUUCACAGUUUUCAUUCUAUCGCAGUGCUCAUAGUUAUCUAUCCGUGUUUGGGUGUGAGUGAGUGUGGAAAAGGCCGCAACAACAACAACCACAAAGAGAGCAGAAAAAUCCGCCGAAAAUUAGCUAUGGAUAAACAGAAUGCAAAAAUGUAUGCAAUUGCCGUCAUAAGUUCGCUCAUUGAAAUUCGUAAUAAUUGAGCCUCCGAAAAUGAACCAAAAGAGCAUUUAGCCAAGAGAGAGAGAGAGAGUGAGAUGCGCCCCCACUUUAACCGUUUCAUUUGCAACGUCAUCGUCAUCUGAAGAGUACCUUCGAAGAAAAGAGAGCGCGCGAGCGCAUUACGCCUUUGUUUACACGCCCAUUUCACAACUCCCCCAAACGGAUACAUCAUCUUAGGACUUGCUAAAUGUGCACAUCAAACCACUAUUUGGAUAAUUAAUGCAAAGGAAUCCGCGAUAAAAACGCAAGCGAUAAAAGAGUCUGCGCAAAGAGAGUGCAGAUAAAGAGAGGGAGGAAAGAUAAAGAGAGCGAGCUGCGUUGGGCUCCAAAAGUCGCGUUCAUUGUGUGUGGCUCCCAUUUGGAAAAAUUGCGUCUCGCGACACAACGUGCGUCCAAAGCAGCGGAAAGUUUUUCGAUUCGCGGCCCGGUUAUUGUAAUUGUAUAUGCAAUUGUGCUUCAAAAACUCCAGAGUCUUUGAAAAUUUGUCAUUGGGCAAACCAAUAACACAAGCUAACCCAUAAACCCAUAUCAUCUAGUGUGACGAGUUUUAAAUAUCGAUUUUUUUGGCUAACGCGCGUCGAUGACCUCGCACACACCAAUAACAACAACUAUAAAUACCACUACAAUUGUGAGCUAAAAGCUGCAAGUACACGCAGAAAAAAAGCGCUCCAAAGCUGUGUCUAAGUUUUUAAGUAAGCCAAACGCUUUACAUAAUUGCCCCAGUGCCAAAAGAGGCAGCCACAACAAAAACAACGAAGAAAACAACGGCGUUGCAAGGGGGAAAACUCUCGAUUGGAAGAAGGGGAAGAACAAGAAGGCGCAGAAGAGCCCCCGAAAAGAGCGGCACCCAAAAACCGCAGAGACACAGACACAUGCUCAGAUACCGUCUCGUGUCGACUCACUUCCUCAAGCAGCCGUAGUGUGCAAGCGAGCGAAACAGCGAUACCCAAAGAGGGGGAGCGUGAUUAAGUGAGCGAGUGCGAGAGCGUGGGUGUAACUGCAAGUGCAACAAGAGAGAGCGAGAGCGAUCGCAGGACAUAACUGGGCUAUAAAAGCGCGACAGGUGCACUCUGCCUGCUCAUUCACCGUUAGGCGGGCACUUCAAUUGUUGCUAAGAGUCCUCUGGUCUCCCAGAAAGAGGCAGGAAUCAGGAUUCUAGCGCGUGGUUCUCAGAUAUACAGAGAGUGAGAGAGAGAGGAAGGAAAUUCGCAUCCGAUCCGGCACUAAAAUCCAUUCACAACGUAUUCGCUAGGAGUGUUACGCCUUUUGGGUCUGAGCUACAGCCUUGAUAGCGAAAAUGUGCAGAGAUCGCGAUAUGAGUUUGUCGUAGAUCAGCGCAACCGUCGUUACAAGGUCAAGAAAAAAUCAAGCUCAAGAGCGAGUAGGAAGGUGAAGGGGGCAAGAGCCCAAGGGCCCCAACGAGAGAGAUUGCGUGAGAUUGCGAAAUCCUGGACCACUAGCAACCACAAUAACCAGAUCUAGCUACCAUACCAAAGUUAACAAUAUUAGCAAAAGGCCACAAAAAAAAAAAAAAUAAUUAAAUAUAAGUAAGGUUCCGUCAUACCUUCCAUUUCGGGUGCGCGUGUGAAUCAACGGCAAUGUGACUAUCCUACGCAGCCGGGCUCUAUCCAACGGUUUAAGCCGGUUCCAAAAAAUUAAUCCAGAUUCGGGCCAAGUGAUUUCGAUCUUCAAUUCGGUACGUUUCAAUUUUUACAACCAUCAAGUCCAGCGGAAAACGUCGUGCAACUGGCGAACGUACGGGGAAAAACCAGCAAGAUUGAAGACUUUGGGAGAAAUCUUUGGAAGUCCGUUAAGGCUUGCAUUUGCGGCAUGCGCCAUCCCACAACUGGGCUGAACGAAGACGACCUGAGUCGUCUCACUGGUUCAUCAUCGUCGACGGCCUCCUGCGGCAGCGCAGCCUCCUCGUCAUCGUCCUCAUCCUCGUCGUCGUCUUCCUCGAAUCCCGCUGCCCGUCAUGAGGUGGUCCGCAGUCCGGAGAAGCCGACGCCAGCGGCGGGCGGUGUGGAUAAGAGCCACCAGAGCCACCUGAACAGUGGCUUCAGCUCCACCUACCUGCCGGAGAUCAUCCACCCGGCGCUGGAAUGGCAGAAGUCGUCGCGCAAGCGCAAGGAGCGCCUGGACAGCAGCUCGGCCUUUGGCCAAGAUCGCAAGCUGCAGCGCAGCAACAGCGAGGAGCUGCUCACGGAACUACCGGCCGCCCUGGUAUCGCCCACCGCCCAGGUGGCCGCCAAUCUGCUGGAGGCCCAGUGCGAGGUCAUCCGACGGGUGUCCUCGGAGGACUUCAAGCGCACCGCCAGCUACGCCAACUAUCGCCAGGAGUUCGAGCGCGGCGAGCAGGAGGAGGCCUCGGAGCUGGGCGAGAACAACGCCGCGCUGGCCAACCUGCCGGCCCAGGAGGCGGCCAAGGAGCGCGCCCGCCCGGAGACCAGUCCCGCCCGCCAGCCGCCGGCCAAGGAGGCCAGCGAUGACUCCGAGUGCGAGCACGAGCGGCGCCGCAGCAGCGAGCGCUUCUGCAAGUCCCGCCAGCCGCCGGUCCGCAAGUCGGGCGUGGCCAAGAAGGGCGGUGGCGGUGGCUCCAAGUACCUGCCCUCCCGCCGGGACGAGCAGAGCGCCUACAAGUACGAUCUGUCGGCCUUGAAGUACGAACGGAGGGGUUUCAUCAGCAGCCGCAAGCAGCAGGGCAUCCAGUCGGCCGCCGACCACAACGACAACAACCUGAUCGACUUCCACCAGCAGCAGAAGGAGCUGCAGACGAAGAGGAGCGCCAGCAUUUCGCCCACGCCGACCACCAGUUCCUCGGCGGGCAGCGACGACAGCACGCCCACUUCCAACGCCCCGGCGCCCAUCAAGGCCAAGCCGCAGCGGCAGCAGCAGAGCCUGGACCUGACCUCCGCCCAGGAGUCGCUGCCCUGGGAGCGCGGCGAUGAGCCGGCUCCGAUUUUGAGCCGGCGGUACGCCCACUCGCGGCCGCACAUCGGCGGCAACCUGGAUGCGGCCGCCCAGCUGGCCAAGGCCAUGCCGUAUCCGCAGCAGCUGCCCAAGCAGGCGGCCACCGUGCAGCUGCACGCGGACAUCGCCGACAUGGACUGCUGCCUGGAGCCGAUGGACGCGGUGCGGGCCUUCAGCUCGCUGGAGAACAUGCGCACUCGCGACGUGAUGCAACAGGUGCUGCCCGCCAUGAUGGUGGCCUUCCAGUCGCCCGAGGAGCGUCUCAAGGCCAUCAAUCGGCGCGUCACCGUGCUGAAGAAGAAGCUGGUCCAGCUGGAGGAGUCGCUGGAGCAGCGGCUGGGCUACCGGCCGUCCCAAGCGGAGCGACUGAACGACAAGUACAUGAAGAACGCCCUCGCGGAGUUGAGCAAGCUGCGCAAGGAGCGGCACGAGCUGAAGACUGAUCCCAUCGCAGCCCUCGGCCUGAAGGUGGGCAGCGGCGGCGGAGGCGUCGGUGGCCAGGAGGUGGCCAAGAAGCUGGAGCGCAUGAAGGCCACCCUCGCUGAAAUCGAGCAGAAUCUCAACGAGAAGCGCGUGAAUGGAAACCGCUCCGAGCAGCUGGAGGAUCUGAGCGCCGACCAACUGGUGCAGGAGAAGAGUGCCGUGCAGCAUGGACUGCUGUACUUCGAGAGCCUCUAUGGACACCCCAUCACCAAGGAGGAGCGCGAUGCCGCUCGACCGCUCUACGAUCGCUAUCGGCAACUGAAGCGUCUGGUCUCGCGCACCGUGAUGUUCGGAGCGGGCACAGGCGUUCCCGAGCUGCCCACCAUCCUGGAGCACGAGGCCAUGGUGUUCGAGGCCACCUCCACACCGCAGCAGUAUUCAUCGAACAACAGCACCGAGACCACCAACUCGCCGAGCGACUCGAAUGCCCCGAAUACUCUCAACCAGAACGUUUCCUCCGACGAGUCGACGACCACCACCACCCUGACGGGUCCGGCGGCCGGAGGAACUGCCGCCAACCAGGAGCACCAGGCGGCCAGCGAGAACAUCUCCGCGCUCAGUCUGGACCAGCUUUGGGAGCAGCUAGACCGAGCGCGCGACGAGAAAUCCCUGCUUAAGUCCACCAUCCGGGAGUACGAGUCCCUGUUCGAGGAGCAGAACGGACGCAAGAUGCUGAAGCAGGACCGGCGGUCACUCGAGACGGAGACCUAUGCCCAGUACAAGGAGAAGAAGGCCAAGGUCCGAUUGCUCCAGGCGCUGAUUAAGAAGCACAUCGGCCACUAAGCUAUGAAUAUCCUACUUCCAUUCGACUUCUUUUCACCCACGCAUGCGAUACUUAUUUAUUUCAUCAUACCAACCAAACAAAUACAAACCUAGAUCUAUACAAAUUAUAUGUAGUUUUUAGACUUACAUUUACCAUAUAUUCUAUAAUGAUACAUUUUAUGAAUAUUGUUGAUUCCUUAUUGUUUUUUGAAAACAUCUAUUGAGUAAUUGUAAUAAAAAAAUUGAACAUUA